ACACUGUGUUGUGGGGUUGGUUUGUUUUAUGUUUUUUGGUUUUUAAUCAUCCUGGAAACAAUUUUUUUCAUAAUAAACAUUAAACAUUUAAGUUUCAGUGUUUUACCUUCUUGAAUUUAUUUUCUUUCAAGCUUAGUGCAUUUGGAAAUAGUUAGUAUGUACGUACUACAACAAUCUUAAUGUCUCCUGCAUCUUUGAAGAUUUUAUGGUCACUCACAAGUACAACUUUUUAACAAUUUGCUAUGACCAUGUUGACAUGUGGUGAAGCCAAAGGAUUGUCAUCACCUAAGGAUGUUGUCUAAUCAAACUUCAGGAAUGCGUUUCCUUAGUUCAAGGUAUUGGUUUAUUAGCCAGGGAUGCUCAUAAGCUUUUCCUUUUCGAGAAAUUGUUUGUACAAUAAACUUUAAAAUUCUGGGUUUGGUGUAAAUUUUAUUCUAAAAGUCUAAAGUGGUACCCAGUUGUUACAAGAUACCUUGCUCUCCUUGCAGUGUAAACAAAGCGGCUUUUUAAUGUUUAUUUUUUGUUUCUACACUUCAAUUCUGCAUUUAGGAUCAGUAACCUUUGAGUCAGGCUUGCACCACUCUGUAAUUAAAAGUGGGGGAUCCUGUUUGCCUGUCUUGACUGGUUCCUUUUCACAGCUUCCCAUGCUCGUGUACUUGUGUGCAUACUCAGGACCUCAGAGCGUGAGGCGUCUUCAUGAGGACACGUGUAUCGGGAUUCCCAAAAAUACUUUUGAUGAUUUGCUUUUUCAAGUUACAUAAUUCACAAUGAUAACCCGAAAAUACAAUUGUGAACCCCCCACCUGAGUGCAGCUAGGUUUUUUUUUGGCUGGGAUGAAGCCUUCAGUCUGUUCACAGAAAAGAUAUCGUACACAAUUUUCCCUAAGCUUUACAAAAAUAUCACUUAGGGUUGUAAUAAACCUUUAUCUGCAGUGAGUCACUGCUGAUGGGCAAGGUAGAGUUCAAAUUAUAUUUAUAGAUACUGGACAUGUGCCACCAUCAUGGAUGUCCUGCAGCAAACACAGCUAACCAGCAAGGUGAUAUGUCAGAAUGUUCCUGCAACUUCAUCGUGUGACUGUCUGAUGGCAAGUGUGAGAACUAGAAGUUUGUGUUAGAAAUGAUCUCAUACCUUAAGAACAACCGGGCAUAUCCAAAAUCCCACGUAAGUUUUCAGUUUCAAGGGUCAAAAAUCACAGAUACUGCACAGCCUAUUACGAUAAAAGCAAGGCCAGCUUGGGUCACACAAAAGUCUGAUAACACUGAUGGGAUUGAACCUGUCAGACUCAAUUUAUAUUCCUGGUAUUAAAUUCUGCAGUGUCUGAAUCUGCAAUUUUUAACUAACCUGCUCUUGAAAAAAAAAAAAAGUAGAAAAGUAAAAAUUAGAAAAUCACAGUGCUUAAGAUCAGAUCUUGCCUGACCUGAGCAUUUUAUUAUAAAUGCGAAAUUCAGCACUUUGAUCCUGAUGGUCUUGCAUCUUCCCAGUAUUGUCCUAAUGCUGAUAGUGCUGAAUAGACAUUACAAUAAAAGCAGCUUUAACUGUCCCUUUUGCGAGCUCUUCAGAGCUGCCUUUUCUUGCAAGAACAACUUGUUUUCAGCUAACAGUGGCUUCCCCUCUAGGAGAAGUAGACCUCAGUGGGUUAGAUGCACACGACUGGGACUUGAGGGAAGUUCCAAGUUCAUGGCUACGCCACAGUGUGCUUGUGAGGGUCGAGGGGGAUCAAGACAACCUCUCAGGCUGAGUCCAAACCUCAGUAGAGGAAGUUGUUCAGUGUGGGGAUAUGAACCCGUGUUAAGUAUUCUCAUAGAAUAGAUUCUGGUAGCGUUGGCAGCGUACAUGGAAGAAUGUUGGUGUGGUGAUACACAUCAUCUUUGCCAAAAUAUUUUGUUAAUUAAAUUAUACAAGAGAAAAUGUGAUACCAGGUCAUAGCUUUUGGGUGUCUGACCUGACUUCUUGCUGAAAAAAGAGAUGCACUGUGUGAUGGUUAGUGCCAAUCUUUGGGGCAUCUAUGAUGCUGGGCGUGCUUUGUGUGGUAGGCUGUACUGUACUUCAAGUGUCUGUAAUUUUAAAACAAAAACAGGCUAUUAGAUAACGUAGAAAAAGUAAAUUCAUGUUUAUUUUUAAAUAGGGGAUGGAUUUUUUUCAUCACCCAGGCUACAACAAUUAUAGCAGGUAGUCUGAUUAAAAGAUUUUGACAUUAGAUACAGGAAAUACAGCUGUUAACAUGAAAAGUUAAUUUCUUUCAGCGAACACUUGCACAUCCAAGAUCUGGUUUCUGACUUGUGGCAUAAACCUGUGGCUUUGGUGAUUGAUUCUGUAGUUUAAGAGUGAAUGUGUUUUGGAUGUAAAAAUUAAAAACUUAAAGUACAGGGGCAUAUUCUGUAAUAGUGAAAAAACAACUAAUGUGAUGAAAUGCAGUAUAUUACCAACAUCCUCGUGCUGUUUUCACAAAGCUCAUUGUUUGGUUUAUCCACUCAAUUCCAAGAAGAGAAGUGUCACUACUACGUGAUAGCACUCUGACACACCCAAGAUUCCUUUUGCACAAGUGUGCUGAGGUCAGAAGAACAAAACUCUGGUGGAGUCUUCAUAACACUGUCAUUAAAGGAAGGUGCUUUGUGGUGACAGCCAUAUUAAAUACUACCCUCAUUAAAGUUUCUGUCAAACUACCAUAGCUGUGUGCUUGCUCUAGAGCUAAAGAAAACAAGAACCAACAUGGAAGCAGUGAUGGGUGUGUAGCUGUGCCGUGAAUUAUUAAAAAUGGCUGAGAGCUGUAAAUUGAGAGUCUUCCAGUCAUUAACUUUACCUGUCUUCAUAUAGAUUGUAGUUUCUAAGUGGCCUUUUUUGAGUGAAAUGAUUCAAAGGGCCCAAGUAACACUUGUUUCCCUGGUUCAUAUUUCAUGCCUUGGAUGACUGGUGGAUGCCUCAUGGCUGAUCAUGGUCCAGCAGCCAUGUUGUGAUUCUUCUAAAAUGGUGGAUGGGCACUUCGCAGAAGUUCUGUGCUUCCAUUUAGUAGCAGCUGCGUGUGCACAUGUAAAUACAUUUUAAAAUAUCAUUAACACUUUUUUAAACCUCUAAAUUUCACAUGCAUUAGGAUAUUCUACAUGCUUCUGCCAGCCUACUGCUAUUUUUUUUGUCGUUUCCCUUUUUAAAGACUUUUUCCAUAAUAAGCGUUUCAAGUAAAUUACAUCAACAAAGAAAUUACAAUCCUGUUCAUCCCAUAUUUCUUUUUAUACCUCUGAGUAGCUGUCAAAUGGAAGAGAAGAAUUUAGGAUUGCACAGUGUGCUGUCACUGGAUAGGUUAAUUAAUUUUUAUGCAUUUGAGGCUGUAGUUAAAUAUAAGUAGAUUCUGAGAGAUUACAAGAGAAGUGGUUUGCUUGUAUGUGUCAGGAGGAUAAACUUGAAUGUCUUAUUUCACGUAGUUGAAAUUUACCCUGGAAAGGGGGUUCAUGAGUUGUUUCAGGUCUUUAAUCUUUUUACCUUUGCUUAAGGUAACUGAUUAAGAAUUUAUUGAUUCAGAUUGCCAAUAGGCAUUUUCAGAGUCAGAUUUCCUCAUUCGGACCUUGCCCAUACAUGAGUAACUUUGAGAUAUUGUAGAUAAUUUGUUCUACAUAAAUGUGUUACAUAAUUGCCCUGCAUCCAGCAGAUACCUCCUCUCAAUAAAACACAUUUUCUUUUCUCUUGUGAAGGGCAAGUCGGUUUGCUUAAGCAUGCUUCCAGACUUGAUGCCCGAUUGAUCUUUUUUGAAAACUUCAAAGAAUAUAUUUUUUGUUUCUUCUCAAUGAAUUUGUGGACUGGAUAUGUUGAGGAAUUGAUUUACUCACUGUAAGCAAAAUAGCUGCUCUUGGUUGAAGCACUGAAUCCAUUCAGCUGAAGAGUGUCAAAAGGAGUCUACGAAUGAGACACCAAGAUGGCAGUUCCACUGGGGAAUGAGAGGUUGAGGAAAUGGACUAAUGCAUGAGUGCUGGGAUGUCUGUCCAAGAAAAGGAUGUUAAAACGUGGACUCUCAUGUUAUUAAACCAGAGAAGAUCUGGGUUGUGACCAUCCUAUCAAAAUGGACUUGCAUUUGAAUGAAUCAGUGACUAUCCAGUGAUGGAUCUCUUUGAGGACUGGGUGGCAAAAUUUUCCUUUUGGGUUGUUUUUGCAUGACAGGCAAAUUAAUUUGGUAAAAGAUCUGUUGCUACUGCUUUACAUUUUGAGAAAAUGUAAUUUAUGAAGUGAUUUUAAAUAAAAGGUUUUGGUUUAUUUCACACUUUGUGUUUGUCCUUUCUGGCUGAAUAUUUUUUGUUGAGUUGAUACUAAAGUGGGUUACAUUUUUGGUUGCUAUUAAACUGAGAAAUACUUUAGCUAAGUACUGGAGGCAAGGUAAAUUUUUGUGCUUUACUUGGUAUCAAAUGUGGUUUUCAUUUGCAAAUUACGUUCACUUUGCCAUGACUUCCAAUGAAUUUUUAUUCGCUGGCUUGUUCAUUCAGGUGCUUAAUAUGAGGGGUUUUCAGUACUUGGCCUAUUGUCAGGGCACUGCUGCUGAACUUUGUGAAGUUAUUUUAAGAUGGAAUUGAUACCAAUUGAAGGCUGAGAAAAUAUGACAAUAAAGGAGUACUUGAAUGUUUUGUGUAACUUUUUUAGGUAUGUUCUUGGGUUGUGUGUGGGUACAGAAACUUUUCAACAGAUUUCCUGGACUACAGACUUCCUGAACAGUCUCUCUGGUCUUAAAAUUGUUCUGUGCAAGUGUCCAAUGUGCUUCACUGCUCUUGCAUGUAGCCUUAGUGUCACGAUACUGUGCCAUGUGUUUGAUGAGAAAAAUUGAGUUAUUUUUGAUAAGGCUACAAAAGACAUUUUAACCUUUGCAAAUGAAUUCUAAAAUGGUUCUAAUAUUUGAAGCUGUGAUUUCCUUACAGGUUUCUAGUGGAUCUAAUAAUUUGACUGUAGGCAUUUCUUCUCUAUAUGUUUAACCUGAAACUCAAAGUUGUCUUUGUUUUGUGCUGGAGGGUCAAGAUGGUAAACCUGGGCUGAGAUAAUCUUGAAAUUAUAUUUGAAAACCCAAACAAAUUCCUGUUCAUUGUCUGUGUUUAACUAUUUGCCUUGCUCAGACUUUUUUGGAAAUACCCAUUUUUGCCAUGAUGAGUUGCUCAUGCCUGUUCCAUCCAGCCAUUUUGGUGGUACACGCUUGCCCCACUUUGGUUUUGCCAUGUGUUUUUAUGGUGGAGUUGGAUUCUGGGACCAACCUGAAGGGUUUCUCAUUCAAAUGAGUGGAUUUCCUUAGUGUUACAAAAAAUAUUUGGAAUAGUCUUGCAUUGUGGUUCUUUAGUUCUUGCAGUCGAGGUGCAAGGAGUCUUCUGUGAAUAAUUGGUAAAGUGGAAUUUUUUUUAAUGGCUUGUGGCAUUGGAGAGUUCCUAAUGAAGCCCCUUGUGGAAAGAGGAUGGAUGGUUGUAGGAGAUAAGUGGCAGGUCUGUGGAGGAAUCAAAAGGGAUGGUGUUGGUUCUACUGGUCGAAGCCAAUGGUUUUGGGCUGUUGGGAUGCUGUGCCAUGGAUGUUCCCAUAGAAACCCAAACUAGCCCAUUGCCCCUUUGUCCUCCGGUGGUCCCCCAGUGGCUGAUGGCUGUGUCUUGUUGUGAUGCUUAUGAAUAUGCAAGAUGUUCUUAUGCUUUAAGGGGUUGGUUUUGGUCAUGGAAGACAACUGGUAGUCAGAAUCAAGUGGUAUGGGGGUACUUGGAUCGCCUCCAUUCCCUUGGUGAUACAUCCUCUCAAUUCCAGGAUGUUGUGUUGGAGAUGUCCAUUGAUUGAUUUGCAAUUCUGCAGCUUGGCUGUUGUGCAGCUUUAAAAUCAAUUUGUUGUGUUAAAAUCUGUUAAUGACCAUGAAUGGGUUAAGAAAAUGCAUGAGAAAUGAGCAGUUUGAUGGAGUUGGACUGGCUUGACCGCAGUGCCUUGGCGUAGCUGAUGGAAGCGGUGUGGCCGCUGGAUUUGAGUUUGGGGGGAACCACCAGGGAGGCGCUGUGGAGCUGGAGGGCAAUCUCAGCUCUGUGGGGUUGGCUUGGGAGUGGAGGAUGCUCCUGUCCCCCCCUGCCAGUGCCAGCACUGGGGGGCAAAGGGAAGAGCUCUUGUCUGGGGAUUCCCCCACCGAACUGGGGGGAAGCUGCCCCUUGGGUGGGGUGACCGCCGGGGUGGGCUGCUGCUGCCUGCAUGGCUGUGAGCUCCACUUCCAUGCCUUCAAAAUGGCUUGUAACAGCACCACUUCCUGUCCAGGGAGGAAGUAAUUUUAGCCCAGGCACUGAAAUAUUUAGCAAAUCUUUAAAACAAAAGGCACAAAUUCCAUUUCUUUCUGGCUUCCAAAGGGUGCCUGAGCCACAUGGGGUUAAGGUGCCCCUUGAGCUGGGGUAGUUGGAAGGAGCCAGGGCUGUGGGGUAGCAGGCACCCUUUAGGUGGAGGCUCUCUCUUUUUUUGGUAGAAAUGAAGGGGUGGGUCUAUGGUACAUCACCUGAGUUGUGGGGUAAAUGUAGAGAGUGUCAAUCAAAGGCAGAGCUCAGAGCUGGGAAGGAGCUCUAGAUGGCGGCUGUGCCUUAGAGAGAGCGCGCUCAGCUCCGUGCCUUCCCCAACACUUUACGCAACUUUCCCUAACUUUCAGGCAGCCUCAGGGGGCCCCCACAGCCCCUUGCCUCUCCUAGGCACUAAUCGGGGGCCGAGCGGACCUUUUUCGGGCAGAAAAGCAGCUUUUGAGGGCUCCCUUUUCGUGCCUUGCUGGAAAGAAGAAGCCGUGGAGAGAGCCCAGGUCGUUGUUUUUCCAGCUUAGAAGCCAUGGCGUACCUCCAUUUUUGUGCGCUCUCCUAAUGAGCUUUUUCCCCCGGACAUUUUUGUACUAAUUACCGCUUCUUUUGCUUUAUCGGCAGCAUAUUUUUGGGAUUAGAAUAUAUAUUUUUUUUCAUUUUCUGAAAUUUAUAUUUUAUCGGUAUAAUUACAAAUAUUUUGGAUCUAAUGUUUUUCCACUACCCGAAACUAAUAUCGACUUGGUCCUGGCGGCGGUGCAUGGAUCAGUAAAUACCUGGGCACAGGACUUCAAAGCAAACAGACACCCCUGACCCCCUUUUAAUAUUUAAGAAUAAAAAGAUGAUGAGAAAUAAGGACAAAAGCCAAGGAGAGGAGGGUUCAGUCCACAGCAAUGCAUCGAGUCACUCGGCAUCCGAAGAAGCCUCUGGCUCUGACUCUGCAAGCCAGUCUGAAAGUGAGCAGGGCAGCGAGUCAAACAGCAGCUCCGAGUCCUCUGAGAGUCAGUCUGAAUCCGAAAGUGAAUCAACGGGUUCCAAAUCCCAGCAGACCCCUCCUGAAACCAAAGAAAAGCCAGCCUCUAAGAAGGAAAGGAUAGCAGAUGUUAAAAAGAUGUGGGAAGAAUAUCCUGAUGUUUAUGGGGUUAGGAGGUCAAACCGAAGCAGACAAGAACCGUCACGAUUUAAUAUAAAAGAUGAGGCAAGUAGCGAAUCUGAAAAUGAGAGCCCAAAAAGAAGACGCCAGAAGCAGCUGAAAAGAAAAAUUAAAUGGAAAAGGGAGGUCUCUGCUGGAGAAGAGGAUGAAGAUGGAGGAGAGCAAGGCACCAGUGGAGAGAGCGAGCCUGAACCGAAGAAAAUUAAAGCAAGAAGACCUGUCCAAAGGAGAACAGUGGCCAAAACUGGUGUUAAAAAGCCCCACAAAAUCCAGCGUGGGAAGAGGAAGAAACCAGACUCAUCUGAAGAUGAUGAUGAUGAUGAAGAUGAUGAGACCCCCAAGAGACAAACUCGGAGAAGAGCAGCCAAAAAUGUCAGCUACAAAGAAGAUGAUGAUUUUGAGACGGAUUCUGAUGACCUGAUAGAGAUGACUGGGGAAGGAGCUGAUGAACAACAAGACAACAGUGAAACUAUUGAGAAAGUCUUGGACAUCAGGCUUGGAAAAAAGGGAGCCAUCGGAGCCUCCACCACGGUGUACGUGACCGAGGCCAACGGCAACCCCAGCGCCGACUUCGACCCCGAGAAGGACGAGGGCGAGGUUCAGUACCUGAUCAAGUGGAAGGGCUGGUCGUACAUCCACAGCACGUGGGAGAGCGAGGAGUCCUUGCAGCAGCAGAAGGUGAAGGGCCUGAAAAAGCUGGAAAACUUCAAGAAGAAAGAGGAGGAGAUCAAGCAAUGGCUGGGCAAGGUAUCACCUGAAGAUGUAGAAUAUUUCAACUGCCAACAAGAGCUGGCUUCAGAGCUAAACAAACAGUAUCAAAUAGUGGAGAGGGUAAUAGCUGUGAAGACCAGCAAGUCUGCCACGGGACAUUCAGAUUUCCCAGCAAACAGUCGCAAAACAUCCUCGAAUGACCCCGAGUACCUCUGCAAGUGGAUGGGGCUGCCCUAUGCCGAGUGCAGCUGGGAAGAUGAGGCUCUGAUCAGCAAGAAAUUCCAGCACUGCAUUGACAGCUUCAACAGCAGGAACAACUCCAAGACGAUUCCCACCCGUGACUGCAAGGUGUUGAAGCAGAGGCCGAGGUUUGUUGCCUUGAAGAAGCAGCCCUCGUACAUCGGCGGGGAGAACCUGGAGCUGCGCGAUUACCAGCUGGAGGGCCUCAACUGGCUGGCUCACUCCUGGUGCAAGAACAACAGCGUGAUCCUGGCUGAUGAAAUGGGACUGGGCAAGACCAUCCAGACAAUAUCAUUCCUGUCAUACCUGUUCCAUCAGCACCAGCUGUAUGGCCCUUUCCUGGUGGUCGUGCCCCUGUCCACCCUCACCUCCUGGCAGAGGGAGUUUGAAGUGUGGGCACCUGAGAUAAACGUGGUGGUUUACAUUGGAGACCUCAUGAGCAGGAACAUGAUACGUGAAUAUGAGUGGAUCCAUUCUCAGUCUAAAAGAUUGAAAUUCAAUGCACUUAUCACAACGUAUGAGAUCCUCCUGAAGGAUAAGACUGUUUUGGGAAGCAUUAACUGGGCCUUUCUGGGCGUGGACGAAGCCCAUCGGUUGAAAAACGACGACUCCUUGCUGUACAAAACCUUGAUUGAUUUUAAGUCCAACCACAGGCUGCUGAUCACUGGCACCCCACUUCAAAACUCACUCAAGGAGCUCUGGUCCCUGCUGCACUUCAUCAUGCCAGAGAAGUUUGAGUUUUGGGAGGAUUUUGAGGAAGAUCAUGGGAAAGGUAGAGAGAAUGGCUACCAGAGCCUUCACAAAGUCCUGGAGCCGUUUCUGCUGCGCAGAGUGAAGAAGGAUGUGGAGAAAUCUUUGCCAGCCAAAGUGGAGCAGAUCCUCCGGGUGGAAAUGUCUGCUCUGCAGAAGCAGUACUACAAGUGGAUUUUGACAAGAAACUACAAAGCUCUUUCAAAGGGAACAAGGGGAAGCACAUCUGGUUUCCUCAAUAUUGUGAUGGAAUUGAAAAAGUGCUGCAACCAUUGCUACCUUAUCAAACCUCCGGAGGAAAAUGAGAGAGAGAAUGGCCUUGAGACCCUGCAGUCUUUGAUCAGGAGCAGUGGAAAGCUGAUUCUCUUGGACAAACUGCUGACCAGGCUGCGGGAGAGAGGCAACAGAGUGCUGAUCUUCUCCCAGAUGGUGAGGAUGCUGGACAUCUUGGCAGAGUACCUGACUAUCAAACACUACCCUUUUCAGCGCUUGGACGGCUCGAUCAAGGGGGAGAUCCGAAAGCAGGCGCUGGAUCACUUCAACGCCGACGGCUCCGAGGACUUCUGUUUCUUGUUGUCAACAAGAGCUGGAGGGUUGGGAAUUAAUUUGGCCUCUGCUGAUACUGUUGUUAUCUUCGACUCGGACUGGAACCCCCAAAAUGAUCUUCAGGCUCAGGCCCGAGCUCAUCGGAUUGGACAGAAGAAGCAGGUGAAUAUUUACCGCCUGGUCACCAAGGGGACCGUGGAGGAGGAGAUCAUUGAGAGAGCCAAGAAGAAAAUGGUGCUGGAUCAUUUGGUUAUCCAGCGUAUGGACACCACCGGCCGGACUGUUCUGGACAACAACUCUGGGAGAUCCAACUCAAAUCCCUUCAACAAAGAGGAGCUGACAGCUAUUUUGAAGUUUGGAGCUGAAGAUCUUUUCAAGGAGCUUGAAGGGGAAGAGUCGGAGCCUCAGGAGAUGGACAUCGACGAGAUUCUGCGUCUGGCUGAAACCCGGGAGAAUGAGGUGUCCACCAGUGCCACUGAUGAGCUGCUCUCACAGUUCAAGGUUGCCAACUUUGCAACCAUGGAGGAGGAAGAGACAGAGCUGGAUGAGCGGUCCCAGAAGGACUGGGAUGAUAUCAUUCCAGAAGAGCAGAGGAAAAAGGUGGAGGAGGAAGAAAGGCAGAAAGAAUUGGAGGAAAUCUACAUGCUGCCUCGAAUCCGGAGCUCAACGAAAAAGGCUCAGACAAAUGACAGUGAGUCUGAUGCAGAGACCAAGAGGAGGCUUCAGAGAUCGUCUGGGUCGGAGAGCGAGACCGACGACACCGACGACGAGAAGAGACCCAAGCGCAGGGGACGCCCUCGGAGUGUGAGAAAAGACACUGUGGAAGGCUUUACUGAUGCUGAAAUCAGGAGGUUUAUCAAGGCUUACAAGAAGUUUGGAUUGCCUCUUGAACGGCUGGAGUGCAUUGCCCGGGAUGCUGAGCUGGUGGACAAGUCUGUGGCUGACCUGAAGCGUUUAGGGGAGCUCAUCCACAACAGCUGUGUGUCAGCAAUGCAGGAAUAUGAGGAGCAGCUGAAGGAAAAUCCAGCAGAAGGGAAAGGACCUGGAAAGAGACGAGGUCCUACCAUCAAGAUUUCUGGUGUCCAAGUCAAUGUGAAAUCCAUCAUCCAGCACGAAGAAGAGUUUGAAAUGCUGCACAAAUCCAUUCCCUCGGACCCAGAGGAAAGGAAGAAGUACCGCCUGACGUGCCGUGUCAAAGCUGCUCAUUUUGAUGUAGACUGGGGAGUGGAGGAGGAUUCUCGCUUGUUAGUGGGAAUUUACGAGCAUGGUUAUGGAAACUGGGAGCUAAUUAAAACAGAUCCGGAGCUGAAGUUGUCUGAUAAGAUCCUACCAGUUGAGACAGAUAAGAAACCUCAGGGAAAACAGCUCCAGACCCGAGUUGAUUAUCUACUGAAACUGCUGAAAAAAGAUCUGGACAAGAAAGAAAACAUGAAAGAUGGGGAAGAGGGCAAGCUAAAGAAGAGGAAACCACGAGUGAAGAAAGAGAACAAGGCUCCCAAAAUCAAAGAUGAGCAUGGGAAUGAACUCUCCUCUCCUCGGCACUCAGACAACCAGUCAGAAGAAGGUGAAGUCAAGGAGGAUGGCUUGGACAAGAGCCCAGUGAAAAAGAAACAGAAGAAGAAAGAGAACAAAGAGAACAAGGAAAAACAGACAUCCUCUAAGAAAGAAAAGGAAAGUGAUAAAGAGAAAAAGAAGACAAAAGACAAGAAAGAGAAGCCUAAAGGUGGUGAGGCCAAAUCUGGAAGUAAAGGGAAGAGAUCACAGGGUCCUGUCCACAUCACUGCAGGGAGCGAGCCAAUCCCCAUUGGAGAAGACGAGGAUGAUGAUCUGGACCAAGAAACAUUCAGCAUAUGCAAGGAAAGGAUGAGACCAGUCAAAAAAGCACUGAAGCAACUUGAUAAGCCUGAUAAGGGACUGACAGUUCAAGAACAGCUGGAGCACACGCGCAACUGCCUGCUGAAAAUCGGUGAUCGCAUCUCUGAGUGCCUUAAAGCCUACACUGACCAGGAUCACAUCAAGCUGUGGAGAAGGAACCUGUGGAUAUUUGUGUCAAAAUUCACAGAAUUUGAUGCCAGAAAACUACACAAACUCUACAAGAUGGCUCAUAAGAAAAGAUCACAGGAAGAGGAGGAGCAGAAGAAGAAGGAGGACAUGUCCAGCAUGAAGAAGCCGUUCCGCCCAGAGCCUUCAGGCUCCAGCCGCGAUUCCGUGAUGUCCCAGUCCCACGUGCCUCACAAUCCUCAUUCCCAGAAGAUCCACAUGCCCCCUUCCCACACCCAGCAGCAGAUGCACGGGCACCCCCGGGACAACUACGGCCAUCCAAACAAGAGACAUUUCAGCAACACAGACCGAGGAGACUGGCAGAGGGAUCGAAAGUUCAACUACGGCGGCAACAGCAACCAGAUGUGGGGCGGGGAGCGGCACCACCAGUACGAGCAGCACUGGUACAAGGACCACCACUACGGGGAGCGGCGCUCGCGGGGGGAGCCCCACCGCAGCUCCGGGAACUACAGACCAAACAACCUGUCCCGCAAGAGGCCCUACGAGCAGUACAACAGCGACCGAGACCACAGGGGCCACCGCGACUACUACGACAGGCACCACCACGAUUCCAAACGUCGACGGUCCGAUGACUUCAGGCCUCAGAACUACCACCAGCAGGAUUUCCGGCGGAUGUCUGACCACAGGCCACCCAUGGGCUACCAUGGCCAAGGACCUUCGGACCACUACCGGUCCUUCCACACAGACAAACUGGGGGAUUACAAACAGCCCCUCCCUCCAUCCCACCCUGCUGUGUCGGACCCUCGCUCGCCGCCCUCUCAGAAAUCCCCCCACGAUUCCAAGUCACCUCUUGAUCACAGGUCACCUCUGGAUAGGUCAUUGGAACAGAAAAACAAUCCAGAUUAUAACUGGAACAUUCGGAAAGCGUAAAGCGACUGAGAGGGCGAGGCGCGCGUCUGGAAUUCUGGGGUGGCUGCUUUCUCCAGGCCAGCAACGAGAAACUCUGAACAUGCUGCUAUCAUCUGGCUGGGUCAAGGAGGAUCCUGGGGGAGUGGGUGGAGGAAGAUUUUCCCUAGUUCUUGAUUCUGGUUUAGAUUCCCAUCUCCUUUCCCCUUUUUUACCAUUGAACUGUUCUGUCAUGGAACCAGCCUUGCUGCCUCGUUUCUUGUUUUGAUUUUGUUUUCCUCAGUCCAAUGGACCCAAGGGAGUUUUCUCCAGCCAGUGUUUCCUCAGAAGGAGAAGGCAGAUUGAUGCUGCUUAGGAUGGUGCAGAAGGCUGUGUGCCUGCUCUGACUUGAUGUUACAUGACAGAUGCUGCUUUGGGGUUGGGGAUAAACUGGUUGGGCUGGGAUUUGUGUGUCACCAGCAUGGGGCAAUGGGAGGAUAUGUUCAAGGAGGGACAGGAAAGUCCCUCAGCAGCCAAACUUGGUUGAAAGAGGGACUUCAUGUCCCUGCAGAAUGACUCCAAAGGAGCUGGAGCUGGUGACAAUCCAUCACUUUCCUGGCCCUGUUAUCAUUUUCAUGUCUUUAUCCAUUUCAAAAAACUGGCUCUGCUUUGAUUGCUGUUGUGUCCCCUGCAACAGAAGAGGUGGGGGGAUCUUCCUCCCAUCUCCAGAGCUGGGACUGGCAAAUCUUGACUCUGCGGGUAAAGUGGGAGCUGGGAAAAAGGGCCAACAUCCUUAGCAAAGGCUUAGUUAACUUCUAACCAUCAGGAAAGAAAUUGAUGUGAGAACAGUAUUUCCCAGUGUACAGGGCUCAGGAAUUCAUAACAAAACUCUUCUCUUCUGGCUUGGGUGGUCCAGGGACUAACGGAUGGUGGCUGGGAGGUGCAAGAUCAAAAGAUGGCUCUGGGGAUACUGGAACUCCUAAUCUUCCUGCCACUAAAGUCUCUGGUCUUUGGGCAAAUCACUUCUCUCUUUGCUUCACAAAGCAGUGAUCACAGACCUGUACUGUAACUGAAGGAUAGGGGAUGGUAGAACAAAGUGAAGUAGGAAUCCAGUGGAGUGGUCACUGUUCAGGGAAUGGUCACCUUCCUGCCACCUUUCCAGCAGUCAGCAGUGAUUCUGAAUUGCUAAAAGUACCUGCACUUGUAGACCUUUUUUUGUCUAAAUUGGAAAUGAACCUGAGGACUUAGCACCUCAGUGAGCAGGGACAGAAUGAGGAAUUCAGGACUGAUCUGUAAAAAUCCUUGGAGCAAAUGUCUUAGAGCCCAGCAUGGCAGAGGGAAAAGAGGAAUGUGCAGCUCAGCUCAGUGGACUUCAGGGCAAACACUCCAAGUAUUCAAACCACAGUAUUUGAUGCAAACCAGUGUCCAGCCUGGACACUUGGUGUGGUGAGAGGGGUUGGUUGUGCACGUCCUGCUGGCCAGAAGCACCUUGGGUGAUUAUUUUCAGGUUGGAGUUCCCUGGAGACCACAAAGGCUGCCCUGAGCGUGGUGUCUGGGGCUGCAUCACCACCCUGAGCUCAGUAUUAAAGACCAGGCAGUUCCAGCCUCCUGUUUGGCAGGGCACAGAAGCUGGGCCUCCUGUUAAGAUGCCAGUAUUUGACUCUAAUAAGCUGUGAUGUCCCUUCCCCAAAAGACUGAGGGUGUUCAGGGCUGGCUUCCUGACUCCAGCCAGUGCCUUGGAAGGCACAUGCAAACUGACACUAAUACUCCUCCAUGCAGUAUAUCCCUGGAAAUCUGCUGCCAUCACUCCUCCCCAUCCCGCUGCUCUAAGGGGACACACGGGAAGUGUUUUGUUCCCCUUUUGCUUUUAUGUUGCAAGAUUUCCACCGAAUUCAGGGCAGUUUUGUUUCCUUAGGGGCACUUGCUGCCCUGACCAAGUGUUACACUUGUGUUUACCUGUGCAGGGUGAGGUGAAGGCGAGUCUUCCACAGUCCCCCUCCGAGGGGUGGGAGGUGUGGAGAGAGCACGUUUCCGUGGUGUUUCCCACUAAGCUGUGAUUGCAGGCUGUGAUAUUCAACAAAGAGGUCCUUUCUUUUCAGAGGUAUUAGCUUUUAAUGUGAAAAUGGAGACAGCCUGGGAGGGGCAAAGAGAAUUGCUGUUUUUGUCACGGUGCUGUCACGGUGGGAAGUUUGUGCCAUACUCGUGUAGCAAAGGCAAUACUGGCAACCAGUGUGAGGGCUGGUGCAGGAAAACUUUGGAUCCCAGCAGGAGGCAUUUUCUCUGUCCAGAUGUGGGGGUUUCUGCUUAUCCCAGGUUCCAGGCACGAGGUUGGUUGGGAUUUCCUUCUUGUGCAACAGCAAAGGCUUUACCUAUAUCCACUGGAGAGCUGUCCCCACUGUCACUUCAGCCUGACGCUGAAUCACAUCAUGUCCACUCAUGAUGGGUGAGUCUUUGCUGGGUUUGGCUUUAGUGAAGCUGGAGAAGGAGAUUUGGGAGAAAGUCUUCCCUGAGCACACACACACACACACACACACACACACACAUUUCUGCAUUUUAUGUCCCCUCAGCAUAGGGACCAUAACCCAACACAGUCACGGGGACGUGAGUGGGAUCAGAGGGGACACAUCCACAGCCAUAACCUUCCCUGUGGUGUUUGUGUCAGCACUGGUACAGCUCUUCCUUCCUAACCAGCUCUGGGAUUCCCUCCAGCCUCUUGGCAGAAAAAAGCAGUAACUUGCUGGGGUUCAAUUAAAAAAAAAAAGAGUUUUUUAGCCUGACCUCUUUGGAAAUGGUGUAAAGUUAUGAGUUCACGUGGUGGAAAUCCUGCAGACCAAAACUUGCUGUGGGGACAGGUGAUGUGGUCCCAAGCAAAAUGGACACGGAACCGAGUGCUGAAGUCCUUGUGUGAAUGGUUUGUGAUCCACACAAAAAUAUUUUUCUGCUUUCACCCGUUUCCUCCCCACCUCUGCCUCCCCUCUGGGGAGAGAAGGACUCUUACUGUAAAAAUACGGACUUUUAAACUUGUUGACUAAAAACAGUAAUUAAUAUUAAUUUAUAUUUGUGAAAGAAAUGCCACUGUCCUAGUGAUUUCUGAUGUAAAUAUGUUGUUUAUAUAGUAUGUAUGAAAUUUUCCUACAUUGUAAAACUGCUGUACUUUUGAUUCUUGUAUAUUAAAAAGUGUUACUGAGAUUUUCAGAA